AUGCGGGUGGCGAUCAUUACGCAGAUAUUCGUGGUCAACUUGCCGCAGAUCCCCGCGCAGACGCUGGCCCGCCACGCGGGCCCAGGGGGCCGCGCUAGCCGAGGUUCUUUCACAACAGGGUCUCGCAAUGACUACACCGACAUGGGCGGCGACUUCCGCGCCGCCGUCUUCGACGAGUCCUUUGUCGUGCCCGACGUGGACCGCGAGAGCCUCGCCCUGGACGGCGGCGUAGGAGACCUCAUCGGCGCGCUCUCGGCGCAGCACGGGGACCGCCUGGUGGUGCUCGUGCAGUCGCCGGGGGCGUUCGUGGCCCCGUGGCGGGACUCGGUCGCCGGUAUCCUGGCCAUGUUCCUCGGGGGCCAGGAGACGGGCGCUGCCUGGGCCAGCAUCCUCUUCGGGGACCGCUCCCCUGCUGGGAGGCUGCCGCUGAUGCUCCCGGCGACGGAGGACGGGCCCCGCUGCGAGCGGGCACACCGCCACUAG